GCUUCAGCGUUAGCAAGCAAGCAAGCAACCAUCCCCCCUACAAACACACAACGAAGAUCAUCGUAGUGUUAGCGCUUCACGUUUGAUUCUUUCUUCUUCUUCUGUUCUCUCUUCCAUCACUCUGCAAGGAGCUAUCGGGCAUUCACACUUUGGUUUUUUCUUUUUCUCUCUUUUCUGUUUUGCUGUUGUACCGUGCUGUGUAACAAUAGGUAUCGGAGGAGCUGCGGAAGACAAGCGAGAAGGAUCGCGCACAUUUUCAUCGUCUCCCAAACACGGCCUCUCUUUUCUCUGUUUCUCACUGCUGUCUUGUAUUACUAUAUAUAGUUUACUCCUGUCUUGUCUGUAUCUGCUUCUCCCUCGCUCACCCUUUCUCCCCUUCUCUGUCGAGGGUCAACGAGCAACGGCAUGCUCUAAGGGAGGCAUAUAUACAUAAUUAAGAGCCUUCUUAUUCUUAGAGGCUAGCGUCUUGACGGGAUACACGCCUUCUCCCUUCUCCCCGUUGCCGGUCUGUCUGUCUGCGGUACACUCGUGGGAGAAAGGACAACAGUGAAGACGGGACAGAAAGAAGGUAAUUAUUAUUCUUACACGAAGAAAGGAAAUAGAAGACGAAGGAAACGCUCUAGACACCCUUUAAUCCCUUUUUUUCUUCUUUGCCCCCUUUCUUUGUUUCCUUUUCUGUGUUUUACUGCUGUGCUACUACAAAAACCCACUGUACCGCGUACGUUUCUACUGUCGUUCUCGAAUUAUUAUUAUUAUUACUUUUUCCUCUUUUCGUUUUCUUCUGCUUCUUUUUCCUUGUGAGCGAGAAAUUAAAAUAAUAUAAAAAAAGACGUUUCUUUCGUUCCCUUUCUGUCACUUUUUUGAGGCUCUUCACUUUUUUCUUUUCGCUGCUCUUCUCCCUUCUCCGUUCGUGUGUGUGUGUGUACUUGCUGUCUUGCGUUUAUUAAGAACGCCUUCGUUGUUUCUCUCUUUCUCUCUAUAUAGAUUUUUCGCUUUACCCUGCUCGGUCGCAAAUACGUUACUCUCGACACUCCUGUUAUUUAUUUGUCUUAUUUAUUAUUUAUUAUUUAUUAUUAUUAUUAUUAUUAUUAAUAUUAUUAUUAAUCGUUGCUGCUGCUGCUCCUGCUCAUUCCUUCUGCGACGCCCGCUGUCAAUUCCUGCUGCGGCACAAACACCAACCGCCUCACACAUCGCUCUUCCCCGCCCACGUCUUUCAAAAGCAAAGCAAACAACAACAGAGGCAGCGAUACGGCAAGGAAGGUACACAGGGGCGAAGCAACGAGUCCUGAACGUGCUCAGGGGAAAGGAGAAACCUGCGUGUGCUGUUGGAUGUAACUGCGUAUUGAAGAACAACAAGCAGAAGAAGAGCUCUCUGACACACACACUCACCCACACACAGACGAAGACAUAUGUCACUCACAACAUCCAACAAUACGAGCGGGCAGCCGCAGGACCCAACGAGGCGGCCCUCCUCUCCCCCCGCAAGCAGCAGCACCAGCAGCGAGAACAUCGAGUCCCCUUCCGCCUCUCCACCACCCACAGAUGCAUUAGAGACGAUGCCGGCGACGCACACCGCUCUCGCACGCGGGAGCAGGCGAGCCAGGGAAGCGCCAUCCCCACGGCGCUCGUCGUCGUCGCCGUCGCUGUCGCCUCCCCCGCCCCCGCGUGUCGCAUCCACCGCGCGGUGCAGCUCGCACACGGCGAGCGAAGGAGGCAGUCACGACGAUCCGCGCCAGAAGAAGGCAGGGUCGAAAAGUAAAGGGCAGCAGGAUGAGCGAACGGACUCCAAUAGCCACGGUGUGGCUAGCGGACAAGGCACCCACAACGGCGACGAAGACAGUGGUACACCUCCCACGUUACUACCACGACUAAAGAAAGAUCCUAGGGUGAAAAGGUCAAAGGUGGUCCGGCGAACAACGGGGGCGCUGCGGCAGAGGGAGAGGGAGGGUGCGGCGGCUUCCACGGGCGGCAGCGGCAGCGGAAGGAGCCCCCUCAGCAGCACGACGCAGCUCUCCACGCCGUCCUCGACACCGCUGUCAGCAGCGACGACGCCUUUGGCGAGCGGCGAGUACUUAUCCGCACGCAGCAGCGUCUCCCCCACCGCCGUCGCUGCCGCCUCUUCGCGAAUCAUCGCCGUGCCGCAUUCUGCGCGCACGUCCGCCACGGUCGAGGCUUUUCUCCUCGGCGCACAGAACUGUCUGAACAAGCAGGAGCUGCUCUUUCGGCGACUGGACGCGAAGUUGGCGCAGGUGGAGGACGGUCGGCUCUCACCGACCGGGCCGGUGCCGCGCGGCGGGCGAGGCGGCGUCGUGUCCUCCUCGUCUGCAAGAGGCGAAAAGCGGAGGUCCGAGUCCCUGCCGUCGUCGUCGCAGGAGCGAAUGCUGUGGCUGAGUCCCUCCCCGACGAACGCCGCGAGCGCCGUCGACGCCCCACGAGCGGCAUCGACGCGGGCUUCACUCGGCACACCGACGGAGGAACCUUUUGCCCCCGUACGCACCGAAGCAGCACGCCCCACCGCGUCAGCACCGUCUCCGCUGUCCGACGCCGUCGUCGUCGUGCACCCGACGCUGACACGUGUGUCCGGCAGCGAACCCGCCGCGGGCUUGCCGAGAUCCACGGCAUCGCCUUCGCAGGCUACCGCGACGCCACCGCUGACCACCCCGGCCUACCUUGGACUGGAGAGCGUCAUCGAGGUGGCCGCCUCCACCUCUGCAACGCCACCACCCGUUUUCCAGCAGCUCGGGCAGCUGUUCUCCACUACCUCCAGUUUGUCACUGUCGCCGCCGCCGCCGCCGGCUACCCAGUGGCGACGACAGCCCGGCAGCCCGUUGUCUGCGAGCCCUUCUACCGCAGCCCCAUCGCCAUCCUUUUCCAGUGCUCCUCACUCCUCGUCUUUUCUCUCUGCCGCCUCCUCCGUGAUGGACGGCGGCGCUCGCGGUGUAGAAAGCGGUAAGAAUAGCCAUAGCAGAAGCACCAACAACAGCAGCGGCGGGCAGCAAGCGAGCGUCGUCGUACGACAGCGAAGUCACGCACACAUGUACCGCAGCAGCAAUCAACCGUAUCAUGAGAGCGAAGGUAGUGAGGAUGCUGCUGCAGCAGCUGGACUAAGCGGGCAGAAGCCGAAGGGAAGGCUUGAAGGUCCCGUCCCUCCGUGGUACUCCCUCGCCGUGCAGUGGGAAGGUGGCGGGGCUGCUGCCGCUGCCGCUUCUUCGGAAGAUCUUCAGCGCACACCAAACACGACUUCGACGGCCUCCAGCGUCAGCGGUGGUGGCGGCGGCGGCGCAGGCGGCCGCUACGCUCCGUCCUUCUUCGAUGGCAUCACGCCCCCCUCAUCCUCCUGCAACCCGCCGCUGGUGCUGCCGACGCUGCCGGGUCUGCGGCGCAGCCACAGCGGUGGGGUUUGGCUGACGGGUGACACCCCUCGCGGGACCUGGUCUGUGUCCCCGCCCGGCGCGGCGGCCGCGGUGGGGGUCACCGGCAGCAGCAGUGGCGGCAGCGGCAACCUGCGCGUGGCGACCGUGUCGAAUGCGGUGAGUCUCCUGACGAGCAUCGACAGUGUCACCCUCUCGCCCCUCUCGCGGCCCAUGUCAACGUGGGGCGGGAGUCCAAUGACGCAGAGCAUGAACAGCGGCGGCAGUCCUGGCCAGCAGCCAUCACGUUCAAUACCGCCACCACCGUAUGGCGUAGGGAUCCACGGCCUCAACCACCCCACUGCCAGGGACACUGCUGGCGGCACGCUUUCGCUGGCGGGAACGGCGUGGCGUCACUCCGGCAGCAGCCCCCGUCCCCGCCCCAGUGUGAACUUCACGGGCAGCAGCGGGAGCGACGCGGCGGUGGCGGUGGGGGAUAGUGUAGGUGGAGGGGCAGGGGAUCGUGACGCCUCCACUCCUGUCUCCAGCAGCAGUCGGCACAGCCCCGUUCUGUUCAACAUCGUCAGUCCGCCCAGCGCCGCUCCUACUUCUGCCAGCGUGUCGCCCUUCUCAUUCGAAAGCAGCGGCGGUGGCGGUGCCGGUGUGCGUCCCCCGCCGCUGCAGCCGAAUGUGCUGCCGUGUUCCGCCUCUACUGUUGCAUCGAGUCGGCAGUACGUGCCGGUGGGCGGGGGCGGUGCCGCCGUAGCGGUGCCGCCACAACUGAACCGCUGGACGGGCGACAUCCUCUCCCCCCUCUCCGUCUCCUCCUCGCUGACGUCCUCGGUGGCGACGUCGCGACGGACGAGCGGGAUUCCGCCUUGCAAUGACACAAAAAUUGCCUUCGACAACUUUUCGCACUGCAAUAACUCCAGCUUCGUCUCGGCAACUUCGGUAGACGAGGAGCCGCACGCGUUCUUGAGUGGGUUGGCCGCCGGCUCCCACACCGUCUCGAGCCGACCGACGUCGAGGGUGGACCAGGCAGUGCCGCCGAUGACGCCCUUCGCAAAAGACGCGGCGCAGGCGGUGGAUCGUGCGUCGAACUUUUUGAUGGUGGCGGUGGCCUCGCCCGUGUCGGUGCCACCGCCGGUCUCGGGCAGCGGUAAUAGCAGCAACGUUGGGGGAGGAGCUGGCAUCCCCGCCUCCGCAACGGCGGCGCCGACACGCCGGCAGCUCGCCUUGUCCGCCUCGCCAUCGGUGGAGCGAGUAGGGGGCGGCGACGACGACGACGGAGAGACGCACCGGCACCGCCGCCCACCGGAAGGGCACGGGGCCGCCGCCUCUCCCUCAUCCCCCGUGCAACAAGCCACGCCUGCAGAAGAGGACAGAGGCAACGAGGAAGAAGGCGAGCAUCCUCGCAGCGCGGAUCGUACCGGCAACGUCCGUGGCGGUGACGAAGCAGAAGCGCAGGACACGCAGGAGGAGCGGAGCGGCCCCGUCGUCUUCAACCCGUUCGCGAUUCCUCCCCCGCCGUCUUCCUUAUCGGAGCUGCACGCACAUCAGCAGCGACGGCGCUUGAGUGCCGCACCGGUGCCGACGAUGCGACGGCCUCCGAUGGCACCAUCACGGCCGAGCAACGCGGCAGAUGACGCGGCGAGCCCUCUUCAUGGACCCCACCCCACCCCCACAAGUGGAGGAGAAGGCAGCGAUCACGCAGCGCAGCAGGAGAAGUGGCUCUCCUACGAGCGGCAGCACGAGCACAUGCACCUGCCGGCGUGCUGGCGGGACAGCGAGGUGGUGGUGGUCGACGCGGACGAGGAGGCGAACCGCGAGCGCUAUGACGAGGCGGAGGCGCAGCUGCGACUGCUGGAGGCGGAGUUGAUGGGCCACUGGCAGGCGACGCCCACCAGCAGCGAAAGGGACGACCAGCCGCCACGCGAGUCGGAGGACGACACGGAGGGCGAGGGGGAGACGGAGGGAGAAGGCGAAGGAGACGGGGACGAGGUGGGAGGUGGAAAGCGGUCACGGUAUGGCGGUCGUCGGCACGGUUACCAAGGCACCGCAGCGGUGGUGAGCAUCGACGACAACGGCACGGCGGCGGCGGCGGCAGCGGAUGCACACGUCGACGAUGGCGACGACCUCGAGUGGGAUGACGAGGCGGAGGGCGAUGCCGGUUCAUAUGAAGAACGCCUGGCGCAGUAUGGACGAAUGGUGUUGAUGCAGCGCCGACGCCUCCUACUCGCGCGGCGCUGUCGCGGUCAGACGAUCACGAACCGGGGCAGCAUCAGUGCCAGCAACAGCAACAGCAUUAACGCCGCGACAGGCGUCGUCGCUGGCGGCAAUGGCAGCGGCAGUCAUCAUAAUAGUAUUGCCACGGGAGGUGGAUCGGUGUGCCGCACCAGUCCCACCAGACACGCCGGCCGACACGGUCGUCACAGGCAGGAAACCGAAGACAGCACCGAAGGCCACGACGGCGCUAUGCCAGGAGCACUAACCGCCGCCGCCGCCGCAGAUGAUGAUGGUGGUGGCGGUGUGGAUUACAACAACAAGGAAGGUCAUCAUCUUUUGCUAUUGCCCUCGCCGCCACCGCCGCCUCUGGCUCCGUCGACCACGUCUGCAGCCUCUCCAGAGUCGCCAGAGGCACAUCGGCUGUUCCGCCGCGGCAACUCCGCACCGACGGUGGUGUCCGACAGCGGGGCGGCCGACUGGCAGAGUCUGCGGACGCGCUUCGACGAACUCGUGACCUUCCAGCAGCGCAUGCAUGGAAGGGAAGGGGAGGAGGGAGACGGCGGCAGUCUCGGCGACGGCAGCGGAGGACAACAGAGUGGUGCGGAGAGCAGCCACCAGCGGUCGAACAGCGAGCAGCAGCAGCAGCAGCAGCUGCGGUCGCGUCGCCGUCGCAGCCGUAACUACGGCAAUCCCGAACCACUUGAGUCUGCCUCGCCAGUUGGCGAUGCAGGCCCAUGGACGGCGGCAGGUGCCACACCCGCCGCUGCUGCUGCUGUAGCGGCGGAUGAUGAUCGAGCGGACCAUCACUUGUCGACAGCAUCGCUCCAGGAAGACGGGCCGAACGAUGAGCGCAGCAUCAACGACGGUGACCCCGCGCUUUCGUGUGCGUCCUCCACGGCGGUUUUCACGGAGAAGAGUCGACGGAGCACGCUUGCAUACGUUGACGACGGACACUGCGGUAGGCCGACGGAGGAAGGCGACAUCACGAUAGCGGCAUCGGCUACGUUCUUUCUGAACGAUGCGAGUCAGUCGGAGAACGCUGCUGCUGUGAUGCGGCCGCGCGACACGGCAGACGCGUCUACGAACGAAAAGGCCGACGAUGGGGUUGCCGCUCGCGAGGUAAGCACGGACGGCACGUUCAUCAAAGCGUCGAGGCAACCAGCGCAGGCGGGGGUGGGGGAGGGCGAAGACGAGCUCGCGGCACCGCCCACGUUGAACGCCGGACGCACCCGCAGCAGUGCUGCAAUAAACGGCGAGAGAUGUGAUUCUUCUGCGGUAGAAGACCCGCCGCGCACCUCCGAGGCCGCUGGAACAGCAGGGCCGUUGCCCCUCCCUGGCAGCACCGCCGUGCACAAAGAACCGCCGCCAUCGCUCGCGAGUGUGCCGCCGUCUUUCACGGUGGACCUGCGCUGCGCUACGCUCCGCCCCGCCGCUCCAGUCGUCACGUCGAUCACCCCAGCACCCGCGUCGACGGAGCCCUUCGCGGCCGACAACGGCGCGGCGGAGGGGACGGACGAGGUGGAGAGUGUGCUCUCCACCGGUGACGGCGGCAACGUGGUGCGCCGGAGUCCACCAGGGACUGGCGUUACCACCUGCACGCCGGUGAUGGCGCGCCUGCCACGGACGCCGCGUCUGCGCUUCACGCACACGCCACGCGGCACGACGCGGCCCAACACGCUCGGGCUGGGGCGCCGUGGAAUUGUGUUGCACAGUGUGUCCAUCGCGAGGGCUGCGAAGAAGCAGCAACCUGCUGCUGCUGCUGCGGCGGCGGCGGCCGCGGAGGGAGAAGGCGGCGUCAGCGAGGAGGCGAAGGAUGAAACGCACAGAGCGGAGGCGGCGGCGGCGACGACAAUCGCGACAACGACGGUGUUGAAGUGUCGACGGGUAAAGAAGACACGUGCGGUGCCGGUCGGCGGUGAUGCCCCGAGAGCCGCCGCCAAGAGGAAAGUGGUGCUUCGCAGCGCAACAGGUGGGUCGGUGCCGCCUCUACCUUCCUCCUCCGCCGUUGACGCCAACGUCGCCACUGCCGCACCGUUGCCAAGCACCGGCACAGACGACUCUCUGCCCCCCUCCGAGGUGGCUGCCGUCAGCAGGGAAAGACGAUCCAGUGUGGCGACGUCCCUUUCCAAGGUGGACCCAGCACGGGAGCUCGCCGCUGCACCGGUGUCCGCCAGCCAUCAACUGCACAACGACGUUGCCGAUGGCGGGGAGGCUGCCGAGCCGCUGCCGCCGCACGGGUCCUCCGCUGUUUCGCACGCUUCCCUCAACUCACCCGAUUCGUCGUCGUCCGCCACCGCCGUCGCGCCGGCCUCCCGCACCGCAUCAACGCAGCCGGAGAAGAAGGCGCGGCGAGUGGCGCUGAACACGACGACGUCGUCGCCCGCCACGACCCGCCGACGAUCCAUUGGGGCCGACAACGCAGUACGCGGCAGCGCCCUUCCCCGGAAGGACCGCCGUACCGAUAAGGAGGACGACGGUGGGCCUCACCGAGCAGCCGACAACCACGGCAGCAGUGGCCCGAACAUCAUCGGUGGUGGCCCGGCGGAGAUGGGCUGCGGUAACAGCAACAGCACCGCAGAGUCACGCGCCCUGCUGCGUCGCCUGGCGCAGCGCAAGGACCGCACCCGCGCGAUGGAGGAGCGUCUGAGCCUCAGCAGUGGCCACUUCACCAGCGUCAGCGCGGCCCCCGCGACGGCGGCAACGGACGGGGAAUACGGGGCGGCAGCAUCCGCAGCGGUGAACUCGACCGCCACCACCCCUCUGCGCUCCGCCUUGAAGAGCCAAAAUCACUUGGAGGUGCCGCAGCCGCCGCACGAGCACGAUCUGGAGAGCCCCACCACGGCGGUCAGCACGCCCACCACCUCCCCUCUGGCGGUUCAGGAGGAUGCGGAUGCGAAUGCUGCCGUGGCUACGGGAGUGAUGACGACAGGUGCGAAUAGCGGUAGCGGUCAUCGCCAUCCAGAUGCGCGACACGUCGGCGUGGUCGAGCCAGUCGACGGCCCCUCCGUGAGCUUCACACCGGCUCACCAAGGAGCGAUGUCCGGCCAGCAACAGCAGCAACAACUCACCGGCACUGCCACGUCGGUGGGGAAAGCAAACACACGCCGCCGCCUUGUCGAUGUGCGCAGCCGCUCUACCACGAGCAGGCAAAGCUCCUCCCUGCCGGACCUCUCCACGACAUCCACAGCCGCAUCCACAGCCGCGCCACCGCCAGGGCUGAAGGUUACGCUCAUCACCGGCAGAGUAGCGCCCACCGCCGGCGUACACCACCCCUCCGUCGCAUCCACAGCCGCAACCACCGCGGGGAAUGGUGGCGGGACGAGCAGCACGCACACACACAGCCGAGAGGAGAGUGUAUGGCUGCAUGUGCGGUCCACCUCACCGCUGCCGCCGACGUCGGCGCUGACGUCCCCAAAGGAGCACCGCCGCCACACGAUCGGGGAACCACUGUAUUUGGCAAUGCCUGAGAAGCGGCUUCGCCCGACGCGAACCGCGAUCAACAACUAG